AUGGAAAACCCAGUGGCCGAAAUCUCGCACGUCAUCCACCUCCUAACCCAGUCAACCCCGUCGGUGCAGAGGCAGACUAUCGAGAAGUAUUACACCCCGUCAGCAUCUCUGAUUCACCCGUUCUGCCGGACCGGGUCGUUUGGUGGUAGCAGAUGGCUGGUCAUCUGGAUCUUUCGAUUCUACAAGAUCAUGUCGCCACAUAUUGACUUGAAAAUAUUUCGGAUAUUCGUCAUACCUUUUUACGUCGCACCAGUCACUCUGACCAGCGUGCUCACGCUUACCACCUCCCAAGGUGGCACGCCGUCCGCGGCCACACCCGUCACCGAUUACAGCGAUACCGACAGCUACUCCUCCGCCCGCCGCCCACUAGACCUUUACGAAAUUGCGCGACCCGCUGACCACGGACUCGCCGAUCUGGAAUCGCCCUCUCGACCAACCUUGUACUACAUUGCCGCUCAGAACGACUUGUACGAGACCUCUGAAUUCAUCAAAUUCGUCGUCCCGUUCGGUGUAGGUAGUACGCUGGUUUUGCUAUGGCAAUGCUUUGCUACAAUAUUUAGCGUGGUGGGUGCGGUUGUACUGUGGCCAAUAUCUUUUGCGGAAGAGGCUGGAAUGCUGCCUGUUGCUGAGAAAGGCAAUAUACAAGACGAAGGACACAGAGAGGGUCUACUGUGGAGGCUGGCCAGGCGCAAACACAAGUGA